UCCUCCUCCACCUUCCGAGAUGGCGGAACCGCGCGGCCGGCAGAAGAGCUUCCGCUACCGGGGCGAAGAGGAGGAGGAUGAGGGUGGAUGGAAGAAGGCCAGGCAGCCGGGAAGCCCCCGCGGGACAAGAGGCCUGCUGGAUUGGAGGAAGCCUGGCCUCGGUUACAAGGCCCUCAAGUUCGGGGGACUACAGCUCCCAGAAUGCCUCCGCUUAGCUACUCGCCCCGCGCGCCGCUCGCCAAGGCGGAGAAAUUACCGCUCGCAGAAUGUCUCAGAGAGUCAAGCUAUAGGUUAUGGACUUUACAUUUACCCCAACACCUUUUUCAAGUACGAAGGACAGUGGAAACGAGGGAAAAAACAUGGACAUGGGAAAUUACUCUUCAAAGAUGGAAGUUAUUACGAAGGUGAAUUUGCAGAUGGAGAAAUUGUUGGCCAUGGACUCAGAUACUGGGCAUCAACGGGGAAUACUUACUCCGGCCAAUUCCUCUUCGGUGAACUUCACGGGCACGGCGUUUUUCAUUAUGGCAACGGUGGCAAAUAUGAAGGAGAAUUCUCCUACGGCAUGCGAGAAGGCCAUGGGUCACUGACGGAAAAGGAUGGAGAGACCUACCAAGGAAGCUUUCAUAACAACAAAAAACACGGAGGAGGAAAAAUGACAUUCCCAAAUGGAGAUAAAUUUGUAGGGGACUGGAUUCUGGAUCAAAGGCAAGGCCAUGGAGUACUUCAAUGCUCGGAUGGAACCGUGUUUGAGGGACAAUGGAGAAACGAUAUGUUCAAUGGACAAGGCUGCAUGAUCCAUUGUUCGGGUGUCAUCUACGACGGCCUCUGGCAUAACGGCUCUCCUCUCGGGCAAGCGAAGACAAUGGUGAUUUUAGGACCAGAGGUGAUCGACCUGAGUCUAGGAUCGGUUCUUACUUUACAAGUCCAGCUUCAGACCGAUAAUGGAGAGGUUUCUAAAAACGAAAAGGGUCGAUUGCUGAAGAUUACGGCUGACAUCAGAAAGAUCACCUCUUCGGAAGGCUGCAGAACCAGCUCCCAGGAAUCGUUGGAGGCAACUGAGAAGCAACCUAUUUUGAAGCACGGGGGUCCGAGUUCCCCUUCGAUGACGGUCGCGUCUUCAAGCCAAGUCUCGCAAGGCGUUCCCUCGGCUGUCAGCAAAUCAGCACACGCCGGGCCCGAAGCGGUACCCUCCCACGAAAAAAAGCUGGGCCUUGAAACAAAGGACAAAGGAAGCCAUGUCUUCGGUUUCCCCCAUCUUCAAAGGAGCAAGCAUGGCCUGGUCUCUUUCAGAAACAUCCCCCUCGCCUCCUUUCUGGUCGAUCCGCACCCUGAUCCACAGACUGGCCAACUGCCUAGAGAAGUUGAAAAGCAAAGUUCCAGGGCCUCCACACAGCAAAUGGAAGCUUCCCCCACUCUUACACCCAGACGUAGCAGAUCAGGAAUGGCCCUUGAAGGACGGAAGUCCAGGGUGAAUGAAAGCUCGCCGAACGUCACACCACCUCCACCAGGCGAAUAUGUAAUUACGGUCCAUGAAGUGACAUCACCUCCGUUUCUAGGCCAACUUCUCCCACCUGUUUUCAAGCUUUUAAGAGUCCUGCCAAGGAAAGAGAUAGUUCUGGGCUCCGGUAAAGACAUCCAGAAAGAUCUUGGCAGUUAAAUGGAGAGGAAAUUGAUGGACCGCAACCAAGCACUCUUCCCCCUCCCCUCCCCGAAACUCUGGGGGAGCUAUACUGUAUAUAUAUAUGCCCUUCGCUGGGAAUUAUUCAUCUAAUUUCACCUCUCCAUAAUGUUUUCUCCAAGAGGAUCAUCAGCAUGGGAACCAAACAGCAAAAGAAAUGAAAACCCACCCAUCUGCUUUUGUCGUUUCUUCCAGCCCACCUCAAUUCCGAUGAACUCUAGAUAAAUUUAAUUUUCCCUUCGGCGGAGGCCAAGCCAUCAGUCCUGCUGGCCUCGACCACAUCGCGUCUCUCUAAAUCAAAAUGGACUUUGCGCCUUCGACGACAACAACAACAACAACUAAAAAAAAAGAUGAACGCCACGCAAGCGAGGGAGGUUUUUUUUUUGCAAUAGUUCGCCGAGAUGUCCCUGGAUGAAUCAGCCGGGUCAUCUUAAAUGGCCGAAAAAUCACGCUGCAAAUUAUAUUUAUAACGGCGGGACUCGUUUGGCGGAGGGUCCGUUUAUGAUUGGACCGCUUGGCUUCGCGUUUGUUAGAAAGGAACUCUUCUCCCACCAGUACAUUAAGAAAUAAAAGAGAAGGCAUUUAAAAUUCGCCCACUGCAAGCAGGAAAACGGAAAAGCGUUGAUUAUUUGCAAAUAAAGCUUUAGCAGCACAGGCCGGGCAAGGAGCAAAGCUUGAAAGAGGGGAGGAGGAAGAGGGAGUGAAUCUGUUGGAAAAACAGUUCUGACUGGUGGCAAACUGGGAUUGGAGGCGCAGUGUGAUCCACCCUGGGGGUGGAUCCAUCCUGAGGGCAUCUUUCCCCCAGAAUGCCUUUGGCAUCACUGACUAGGUGAAUGAUUCAGAGGUGAAAUCAACUUACCUUCGCUACUGGUUUGGGCAAUGUGAGCACGUGCUCGCCACCUCCGCGCAUACACAGGACCUUUGAUUUCCGACGAUCAGUUGUGACGCACAAUUAAAAUUCGCUAGAAAGUAGUAAAUCCCACGAUUCUAACUAAUACAAAUUGUGUGUCACGGCUGAUUGUCAGAAAUAUUGGUUCGCCCGAACUGGUAGCAAUUAUUAUUAUUUUUUACUAUCGGUUCUAGCAAACCGGUAGCAUUUUUGCUACCGGUUCGGGUGAAUCAAUCCGAACCGGUACCAUUUCACCCUUGAUCUCUUUGAAGGGUGGCGUUCUUUUGGAAGCCCUGCGUCCUUCAUGAGUCAGACUCCACCCUUCCUUCCCUCUUCUUUUUUCCUUCCACCCCUCCCUUCCUUCCCUCUUGGGUUUUC